ACGUGCCAAUACGGAAGGUUCAGGGUAUCCUCACAGAAAUUGAUAUAGCACUUUCUGAGGCAGAGAGGGACUUUUCUAUCAUGGCGCACUCCGGGUCUCUCGCCACGGUCAGUCUGGCCAGUGUUGGUCCAGAGUACAUACUAGCUGCUAUGAUUGAGCAACUUAGGGUCCGACCACUGAUUGACGACCUCGAAGAUGUGGACAUAUACUGGCACUGCACUGACAGAUUGCAAUACCAAGUCCAUUCCAACCCCGGGAAGCGCCUGCUUCGAGACAUCCAGUAUGUUCACGAAGAAGUUGAGAUCCUCAUGGUUGUCAAUGCAUGGCAGAAGGACAUGUACAUGAAAAUGCUUAAAGCACUAGACCCAGCAUCCGUUCCCGUAACCACCUAUACACGCGCCAGUCUCUUUCCCCUCGAGGAAGCCCAAUUAGCCGCCGGUAUAACAUCCAUGAUCGACAAAGACCAGGAACUCGACGCCAUGAAAGAGAAACUGCUCAGUCUCGGCGAUACCGCAAAGCAGAACAUCGAGAUCCACGAAGCAGAUCACGGGAAAGCCAUCUUUGUCUUCACCACCGUCACAAUCAUCUUCCUCCCCCUCUCCUUCGUCACCUCCUUCUUCGGCAUGAACACCACAGACAUCCGCGACAUCACCUGGUCGCAGACCAUCUUCUGGGCCACCGCCGUACCUAUCACGCUCCUCACCGUCUUGCUUGCUCUCGGCCUGGCAUACAAAGGCGACAGAAUAAGCGCCCUGAUCCGUCGCCUCCAUCGCACGCUUUCGGGACGCCCGGAAAGGGCGCUUGAUUUGUCCCUGUCGUCAUGGUCGAAGAAUCGGAGACUGACGCAGAGGAGACCGAUUGCAAGCUACGGGUUCCGGCGGAGACGGUCGAGCGGGAUGGCAAGGGCGCAGACGGAGAGGAGUACGGCAUACUCCCUGGCGUGAGCAGCAGUGGGGAUCAUUUCAUAUAAGCAUCACAAACGACGAUACGGCAGGCUCAUUUU